AUGGCCACAAGGGAUAUCGUGACUGAGGAGCUCGAGAAGACUCCCAGUACGUGCAUGUCCUCUUCCCCCCCCGAGUGUUCGUGCGAGGGACGCAGCUUUCCUCCUCCUCCCUCCAAUCUCUGCCGCUUAGGCGCCUGGGCAGUCCAUGUCAUUGCCGAGCGACAAAAAGCAGCCCUCUGCCUGUCAAGGCCCCCUCACCAUGGCUGGGAUACUCCUGCGGUGGUGUUGGAAGGUUGGAACGACGACCAUCCCCCCUCCCUCAGCCUACGAUGUAGUGAUGCGAGCGAGGCUGAGGGUAGAGUGAUCGAUGGGCGAACGGAGCCUGCGCCGACAUGCCCAGGGAGAUUCGCUGCUCGGGGCGCUUGUCAAGCGUCAGGCACCCGAUGA